CAUAUGCAGAGAUCUCACCGAGACCCGCUUUCCUGUGACUUUUCCGACAGAGAGGGGGGUACCAGGCCCUCAUUAUCAUUGCACAACUCCAAGGAGACCUCUUACCCUCGUGUCAAAGACUUUGACUCCCCUAUUCGUCGAGAAAACCCACUGCGACCCAUUUAUCGCAAUUUACCCCGCCCUCAGCAAACAAACGCUCAGAUUGAAAGACAGUCCUCAUCGAGUCCCACCUACUCAGAUGAGGAUGACUCUCCCUUCAUGUCCCCUGAGAGACAAAGCGGUGGGACUACUGUCACUCACUCCAGCCUAUCUGAAGAUGCAGACCCAGCCUGUGCAGAGCUUUUCUCCAGGGGGAUGAAAAGGACUCAGUCACGCCUUGACACCAUCCUGCCCACAAUUUGGAGGGAAGAUGCCGAACUUCAAGCAGAACGUGUGGCCGCUGCCAAGAAAUCCCCAAUGCAUCUGUUCCUGACAGAGAUAUCUACUGUGACAGAGUCUGGCGAAUCCAAGAAAGGAAAUUCAUGGGAGGGAGAGAAGGCAGAUAAAACAGAUGGGGAGAGAUGGGGGAACUUUCUGCUUCCUAACAGAGGCAUGCGCCGCUCCCAGUCGCUAAUCACGGAGUUGGGGUCAGCGACUCAUUCAUGGGGACAAGAGAAACAAAACAACAGGACGGGAGCUGAGGAGGACGAUACAGUCACUAAAGAAUCAUUCCAGGGGGAUCUUUUCCUCACAGAGAUCAACACAGGAGGGAUGGACUCGGAUCCAGAGGGAGGAUCAGAGCCUGAUCCUGUAAAGUACCUCUAUCCAGCAGGAUCCAGACUGCGGCCCUAUGUCUGUGCCCCAGGCCUUCCCUCAUACACAGAGGCUGAGGAAGCCUAUUCAAAGGGUAUAAGGAGAUCCCGCUCUCUCCUCUCUGAGAUAAAUAUUGGGAAGCAGGAGUCAGAACAGCAGCAGCCAGAGAAGGAGCCCCGGAGAACAGAAAUGACCAGGGAGGAGUUCCUGAAGGAAAUCCAAUCAGCAGAGACCUUCUUGACUGAAAUCAUAUCGAGACAAAAUGCUGCUGCAAACAAAAAGGAAGCAGACCCUUCUCAAUCUCCUACUCCUCUGUCUCCUGAAUAUGAGUCCAUAUGCAUUGACCCAAACUCUGCUCAGACCAUCAGGUUUCAGUCAGAGAGCUCCAUACGAGCAACCAGCAAAGGAAAAGAUGACCCUCAAACUGAAGCAAUCUACGCCCAAGUGACCAAGCGUGCCAAAAAGAGUGAAAUAAAGGUUUCUAUGAGACCCGGGAUCCCAGUCCUUCACAUAGGAUCUAACAAACAGCCACUCAAAGUUGACAGCAAUGCUGACCACUGCCAAUCUGAUGAGUUUGUGUUUUCAGAAAUCAUGCCCAAAAAUGGUCUUCUGCACAACCAAACACUUGGUUGUCAAAAAGAUGAGGAGGAGUGCGCAGAUGGUCCAGCUUUACCUGCCAGGGGAGAGGACACAGAUCUCUUUGAGCACUCUCCUACCACGUCCACAGAGAGUGUUAAAGAAACCAGCACUGUGCUACUUUGUGAAAACAAAUCCCAAAUUGCAAAUGACACAGAUACACAAAAGGCUGCUGUUAUAGGGAAUGGUGAGAUAAUGAAUGAAGAAAUGCAGGCAAGCAGCCCACAGAGACAUCAGACACGUGGAAUGACUGAUACCAUGUCAUCUGAUAAUGACAAAGAAAAGCACCUCAAUGAUAAUGUUUCUCCAGUGGAUUCAGAACGCAUCACAGCAUCUCAUGACUUGCAGAACACCAAAAACCUGGGUUCUCAAAGUAAUAAAAAAGGCUAUGCCGAGUCAGAAAGAGAAAAUGUACAGCCACACAACGAUGCAGGUCAAGAAAAACACUGUCACAAUGCCCAAAUGGCCUCUUCUCCUGCUGCCACUCCAACCACUCCAGACUGGGACCCAUCCACUGAUGUCUCACUCAUCACCCCCGACUCAGUCCUGUCACCUAUGACCUCCAGCUCAGCCGACUGCCUCACACCCAGUGACUCAUGGACGAGCACUGGAGGAGGAAAAAAUGGCAGUUGGCGAGCUCUGGGAAAUGAAACACCACAUCGAGACUCUGCCUACUUCUCAGAUAGCGACUGGGAAGGUGACGGGAUGAACCGAAGGAGCAGUGAUGGAACGGUUGCCUCGAGGCAGAGCAGCAGUCGAGGAGGGGAUCGGGGAACACUGACAGGGAUAGAAGAAAAAACAGAGGAGGAGGGAGAGAUGGGAGACAAGAGUCCCUUGAGAAAUAGUGCACAGACAUUGGAUAAGAGAAGAGAAACUGUAGAGAAUACAACAAUAAAAAUAUGUGAUGAAACGAUUCUUCUGAAUCAAAAUGCUCCAGAAAAUGUCAUCUCUCUUUUUGGUAAUAACAAAGACAUUGUUCACAAAGGGCUGGAGCUAACGCAGAGAGAUGACUCUGGCAUUUUUCAAAAUGAAAGCAUAAAUUCAACAAUGCUUGGGGACGAUCUGCAGGUCAAAGACUGUGUUGACUUAAUUGAUAAGUUGUUCUCAGACCUAGAUGAUGAGAAAGGGCUCCCAAACUGUGGUGGGUAUAUUGACAACCACCUCACAGAUGGCAUUAUCUCUCAAAUGGCAGACUGCAAAUAUCAGGACUCAAAUGAAAAUGAUGUAAACCUUCAUUCUAAGAGCUUUGCUGAGACAAAUAUUUUGAUCGACUCAGUUUCUGGCAGCCAGUCAAAGGAUUGUGUGUUAAAGCAAAGAAAUAAUGAUUACACAAGCGUUACAAAGACAGAUAUCGAUCUCCUCUCUGCACUGGACUCCCACAAAUGUGAAAAUGAUGCUGUGGAAUCUGUGACACCAUCCCAAGUUUAUGAUGAACUGCAUGGCAUUCAAGGAGGAGAAGAGACCCCAUCAACAGUUGAGCCAUGUAAUGGGAAGUCUGCCUCUGUUAAAGAGAGUGAUCUGAUGUGUCCUGCUUGGACUGUGGAGGUUGUGGAAGAUCUGGAGCAACAUGAAGAAAGUCCCGGUAUAGACCACAACGAGCUGGGCCUGAGAAACCUCCAUUACUUGGAUAGUAGCAAGGGCAAAAAUGUCACCACAGAGACGGAUAAACAGCUGGCUGCUGCAGAGCUUAGUAACGCCGUUAAGGCAAAGUCACCCCUCAGAGGUUCAGCAAGUGGGAUGGAGUCUGCUAACAAUGUGGAUAAGGAUUCCUGUGAGGGCUUAGAGGUGAAGGCUAAAGAGUUAUGGAGCGCCCUGGAGGAGGAUGAGGAAUCUACAGGAUCUGGUGUUGUCAAAGGAGAGUUUGACUGCCACCGUUUCCCACAGUUUAAGGACUUGCACUUGUGGCCUGAUGAAAAUGACCAGUGGGCCUCUCCAGAGAGGAGGAGCCAGGAUUCUGAACUGAGAUCUGAGUUUUUCUCUAGGUUUAGCAACAAGGCCUGGGAGGUGGGGGAGAGGCUGGUUGUAGGUCAGGAGUUUUGGGAGACUGAAGAAAAUGACGAACUUGCAGGAAGUGAACCUCACCCUGCUGUCCUAGAGGGCUGUGAAGAAACCUGGAAUGAUGAAUCCCAAGGACUAACUUGUCAUCUUGCCAUGAAGGAAAAGUGGGACUCCAAAGAAGAUGACCAACACAUGGUCCAGCAGGAAGAAAACAUUGAGAACUUUGGAGAGACUGGCAGCUUAAACCAAGACCUGAAAAGAGAUAUUGAUGUAGAGAAUAAAGAAAUCCCUGAGCAAGAGACCUUGGAGCACAGUGAGAAAGACAUGUUUUCCUGUACAGAGGCAGUCAGUGAAGGGGAAGGUUUACUACACUCCACAGAGAGAGAGGAGAAUCAAAAUUUUAACAGAUGGCCUCAGAAUCACCUUUUCAACAUGCAAGAAGAGGUGCAGACAUUAGUUGAGCAAACCGACGAAGGCACAAGUUCAAAUUUUGAGAACCACCUCAGUCACACUUUAGAGAUCAUAACAAAUGUAUCUGUUAGCAUUAGCGAAGCUCCUCGUGUCUUUUCAGAACUACAACAUGUUGAAUCAGGCUUAGAUUCAGAGGCUGCAAUAAGACCAUGGCCUGUUAAGCAGUGCAUAGAAGAUAGCGUAAGCAUUAGUAAUGUCGAGGAGGAUUACAGAGAAAUGCCUCUUCCCUCCAAUCCCAUCUCUUGUCCCAGUGACCUUGAUGAGCAGGAGGAGGUAGAUCAGUCAGAUCCACAGGUAGACAAUUUCAGCUCAGUGGAUUUUCCAAGUCCUCCACCAAGCAUAGACCUUGAUGUGCAGGAUGAUAAAUUGGAGAGUUUAGACGACUCUUUUCCCAGUCCACCUCCAUCUGUUGUAGAGUCAGAGGAGUUUAUUAGUCACAUUAAUCUGGAAGACUUUAUUGCUAGUACAGAGACAGAGCCGUAUAUUUCUCCAGCUCAAGACACACAAGUCUUGGAUCCACCUGCUACAACUCAGAGUGCAGGGAUCUCAGCCAAUCUCAACCUCCCUCAUGUGCAUGUUACACUGGAUGACAAUAGCAACCAUGCAUCAAACACAACAAGGCAGGAUGAGCAAAAAGAUCUGAUCGAGGAGACGUCGUCUGACAAUACAACUUCACCCCAAGCUCCUCUCAACAAUCUCCCAGAGUUACUGAUUUCUGAGUGGAAGGAUUUGGAUGAGGAGCCCUUGGAGGAUUUUGAAAAACUGGAACAACUUUGUUGCAUAUCUGGAGAUGAGGAGGACUCUCUGGGCGACCUUUUUCUAGGGAACCUGGAGCUCCUGGAGUCUUUAAAGAAAACACCUGAUCAGAAAGUUGCUAAUAUUGGUGAAAGUGAUACAACUGAGGAGGUAUGUGGCUCUUCUACUCCUGAGGGAAGUGUGUUGGAUUUGAUGGAGGACAGGAUUCCUGUGAACUCUGAUAAGCUGGCAGGGUCUGUGCCAGAUAUCAUCCUGGACUCACAGGACAAACUGUCACUUCAAGAAGAGAGGAAUGGCGGGCAGAGAUCCCCUGGACAAACAUCGGAUGUCAAAGACCAGGGAUCGCUCUCCAAGUUAACAACAAAAAACGGCCUCAUGAUGCAGGUGUGUGAGGAGAGGCUACAGUUUUCCCUCUGUGAAAAUGUGAAAACAAAUGUGCUUUGGGGGGCAACUGUUAAAGACACAGUGACGCUUCGGCCAUGGGGGGAACAGAUUGCAGAAAACAGCAAAGAGCUGGUCGCUGUGGAACAACAAAAAGAGGAUGAAAGUCGUGAGGAGCAGGAAAGUUCGCAAAGCAUUCAGGCGAACACUGAGACUGAUGAAACGAUAUCUGAGCCAUUCACUGUGAUUGAACAACCUGAGGUCACAACCCCUCAGCCUUCUGCAAACCAGGCUAUGAAAGCAAAACUAGCUCGCCUGUCUCUUGCUCUUCCUCCUCUUGCUCUGACUCUUCCCCUCACCCCAACUGGCAAAGGGGGAUUUGGGGAUGGAUCGAUUGGAAGUCGGAUUGGAAGACGGAGAGGUCUGUCCUCAGGAAGCGACCAAGACGAGGAGGAGGAGGAUGAACCGGAGGAUGAAAGCUCUCGGCGGGUGAUUGUUGUCACGGAAACAGACGUGGACAAACGUGUUGGACUGAGGAGUCUCCUGAAGUCACCUAAGGAGCCGAUGGACAGAGAGAGAGACAGAGGGAGAAAUGUGUCCUUUUUUGAUGAUGUCACGAUAUAUCUUUUUGAUCAGGAAACUCCAACCAAUGAGUUGAGCUCUUCAGCGCCCACUACUCCAACCCCUGUGUCCGUCAAAAACACUAAGCUGGAUUUACGUGGGCCAAACAUCAAGAGCAAGGAGUCAAAGAGAAAAGAGGAUUUCUCAAUCAAACCAAGGUCGUCUGUUGGAGCUAAUCCAGUGACAUCAUCGCGGUUCACUGUCAGCCCUGCCAAUGACCCCCACUUGGUGUGAUGUUAAAUGUCAUCACAGGAACCUUUAGAGUCAAAACCCUCUUGGACUGGCCAAUUAAUUAAUCCCAACAACCAGCCAUUCACCCAGAGGCUAUUUUUGUAUUGAAGAGGCAACUGCAAGAAUGAGACUCCCGAUCUAAAAGCUGGACACAUUCCAGGUUUUAUCAACGACAGGAUUUUGUAUGACAGCGGUUGUUGUGCUCCUGCCUGCAUCUAUUUACAGAGUUUAUUCAUAGCCUUUGGCUACAUAGUCUUUGAAAAGGCAGCAUAUGCUAGAAGAAGAGGAGCCUGGAGCUUUGUAAAAUCUGAAACAGAUUUGACAGAUAUGCAGUGGGAGUCUUGCUGUGUACCAGCUAACCUUCUCUUUUUCUGCUUCAUUUUGUUGUAUUGUUCCCCAGAUGAGCGGGGAUGCACUUUGGUUGGUCAUUCAUCAGUCUAUGUAAACUCUUGGAUUCCAGUCCUCUCUUGAUUACAGAUGUUUUUCAUUGCAGUUGGUCAGUUGUUCAUGUAGGCAGCAGUUUGGAGCAGCAAUCACUUGACUUCUGUAUUUGAGAAUACUCAUUUGCAUUUGUACAAAUAUCAUAAGACAAGUGUAUACAAUAUCAUUUUAGAGCUGUUUACUUUUAGAUGUAUUCUUAGACUGCACGAAAAAUGAAACAAGCUAUGCUUCUUUACUUUUUGAUUCUAAUGAACUAUCUCACUUUAAAACAAUUAUUCUAUAUUUGUUAUAUUGCUUUAUUUAUUUAUUUAUUUAUUUAUUUAUUUAUUUAGUUAGUUAUUUAGUUAUGUAAAGCAAAUUUCCAUGCAAUAUUUUAUUUAUUCAAUUACUAAUUUAUUUAUUAUUCAGUUUAUUUAUUUGAUUCUCUCUGGUUAACAUAAAUAAACUUAGCUAUAAUUUGUUUGGGACAGAAUGCAUCUAGGUUAUACCUUCUCUAAGAUCUUCAUAACAAAUAAAUCAAAAUAUUUUCCCAAACGUCUUAAUUGCUAAAAAAGUAUUUUGUAUAAUUUACCUGUUAAUAUAUGCCAAUCUGUAUGGAACUAUGUCCUGUAAUGUGUCUUUUUUUUCCAAUGUCUAUGAAUUUUUAGCUGUCUUGUCAUUUUUUUCUCUUGUUUAAGGACAGUUAAUGUAGCUUAGCAUGAAAAAUUGAAGCAUUUCAUCAGUAAAUAACUACAUUUGUUAGUGUAUCUGUUAAUUUAUCCCAUUUUCUACUAAUAACAGCCCAUCAUGCAGUUCAGGUCCAACUAGUCAAUUUGUUUAGUCUGUUUAAAUGUUGGUUUAAAACCUGUAUUGUUUAAAGAAUGGUUUUCAAGGGAUAAUGUAUAAAGGAGGGGAAAUAAAAACUUCAAAAUGU